GCUGCGGUUUUUGCUAUGACCUUUGACACGACAACAUGGCGGCACUCUUGAAAAUUUGAAAGUUUUUUUUUGUGCAUCAAACUCGGUUAUUUCUUCCACAAGUUGAAAGCGAUCAGGCAAAUCAACUCAUCAGACAUCGUGGGGAUAAGGAAGAGAAGAUAGAAAAUGUUAAAGAAGAGAAAGAACCCAUCAUCCAACAAGGGGUUCCCAUCAUUUGAGUCCUUCCAUGAGGAGGCAGGGAGCCACGACCAGCGCAGACAGGGAGGUGUCAGAUCAGCUGCUUCUUCAAGUACCAAGAGGCUUCACAGCGAGUGGUCCAAAGCUGGAGAGGGAUUUGCAGGUUUCAGUCUUGAUCCUGAAGCACAUGAUCAUAACAAACCCCACAGCAGGAAAAGACCAAGAGUAGGGUCCUGGGAUCAGCCAGGGGUCUGUAGGCAAGAGAGGAACCCAAAUACCUCUGAGGAUAUUCCCAUUGAGUGGAGUGAAAGUGAGGAUGAGGCAGAGCAAGAAGCUGACAGCUUAUCAGACAUUGUUCCAUUGUCUCCUGUCCAAUCAGCUUCACAGGAAGAAGACAACAUUAUCAGCUCUGACCAAUCAGAUGCAGUCCUUCCUGCACGGUCAGAAAUCAGCCAAUCGGAGGCCAGUACCAUAUCACAUCACAGCCAAUCAGAACCCACACCUACUAUUGUUGACCAAUCAGGAUGCACCUCACCUAGUCCAAUCAGCCCCAAAAGUAUGGCAAGACAUACAAUUCCUAAAGUUCUAGGAGCUUCAAGACUUAAGAGGCGUUCCCAUGUUAGCAGUAGUCCACAAUCUUGUGCAAAGGUUCGGAGUUCUGUGGUACAGAAGCUGUUGUCACUGAAACCUGAAGUAACAGCAGAGGAUGUAGAGAUCUCUGACUAUGAAUCUGCAAGUUCUGACGAGGCAGAUGGAGACAAGGCUGUGUCAUCCUUAGAGGUGGCCACUGGUUCAUCUGUGUCCAUCUCAACCCCUGAUGCCUCCCCAGCCAAUCCCAUCUCUGCUUCAAAGGGCUCACCAAAGACAGGCUCUGAUUGGCUGAAGAAGGUCCAAUGGCAAAUCAGCUCACCCAAAGAUGGAGACAAUGAGGAGGAGCCAAGAGGCCCUUUAGACUCAACCAGGAAAGGCAAGAAGUUUGUCAGGGGAGGGUUUGCUGAGCAGCUGCAGAGACUACAGUCCCGAGAACGUGCCUCUAUCACCUUCUGGAACCACAAGGUAGCCAACUCGACAUUUGACCCCUCAGACCAAAAGACAUGCCUGGUGGUGAAGGUGCUCAGCUCAUGUGUGGAGUGCAGUGUGCACAUCACCAAGUGUAAAACCCUGUCUGGUCACAACCUUCUGGAUGAUCCACAAUCUCCAUAUGUGAGCGUCCUGUUCAACAAACAGACGGCUGAACAACUUGGACUGAUGCCGGGAAACACAGUGGCCAUAUAUCCACCCUGGCAGAAGCUGAGUAUUCCUGCACAUGACUACCCAUUUCUGCUGUGUACAUACUACUGUCAGCCUGUGGCAGAAGGCACUGCUGACAGUCAAGAGAACCUGGAGGUUGAACAGAGUGAGAUUAAAGGCCCAGCCCCCAGUCUGGUGACCAACUUGUCACCACAGAAAGCCCAGACGGUCCACUCCAUGCUGACAUCAACCAGGAAGUCCCUCAGGCCCUCCAAUCUGUUCCCUGCUGGCACCUCUACAGGAGAGGCCGGUACAGCAGCUGAUGAGGACAGCUCAGCAGGACACAACAGGCUGUACUCUGUAAGAACUGGUCAGGAGAGGCAUCAGGCAGUCAGGUCAUUUCUUGAGGCAAUUGAGGGGUUGUCAGGUAGAGCAUCACCAGGCUUACAUGUGGUGGCUACUGUACAGAGAGUAUGGUGCCAGCGGCAUCAAGUCACCCUAGGACAACAGGCACUGCUACUGAGGGCAGCCAAGACACAGACAUCAGUGGCAGAGCCCACACAGGAGCUCAGGUGGCACCUGCUGUUAGAAGAUGGACAUGGGGCAUUCUGUGAGCUGCAGGUGCCGAACGUUCUACUGCAGGAGGAGGGGUGGGCAGCAUGUUUACAUGGAGGGGAGGGGAAAGAAUGGGUGUUUUCUGGGCUCAGAGUUACUCAUCGGGCCAACAGGAGUCGAAUGCCUACACUGUUCAGUCUGAUUGAUUCCGUGUGGUCAGACAGCACAGCCAGGGAGUCAUGGACCUCUCAACAAGACAGUGAACAAUCAGAGAAUGCAUAUGUGAGCAUGCCAACGUGCCUACCCCCAAGUUUCUGUUACUUGGUGUCGGCCUGGCCAGGAGAGAGCAGAGUGGAGCCCCCUGAGGACAACCUCACCAGCAGUACCAGGGACGGCAGUGGGCAAUCCAAAGACAGUUCCAUCUCUGCCAUAUACAAGUCUGCACAGGUUGUAAUGCUUGCAGACAGUGAGGAGACUGUUGCAGACUCAGCAAGGAUCAGCCUCUAUGUUAAACUGAGAUUUUGGAGAUCACAGCCAUCUGGAGACAGCAAUUCUACAAUGGAGACAGGACGUGUUCUAUUUGUGUGGGAUGGCUCCACCACAGACUCCUCCCAACCAUAUUCCAAAAUAAAUGUACGACAGUCGUGUGUCAUCACAGAACAAGUCAUGAACCUGAUGAAGCAGCCUGGUGCCUGCUUGUUUUUGAAGGAUAUACUCUGGGAGAAAGGUCGAGUGUUAACUGCAGAUGUCUGUAGUGUUCUACACCAGGCCUGUCCAGAGGGUGUUGUUACAGAGUGGUGGCAGAGGGUCACCCCUCCACAUGUAUGGAACAGUCUGGCUACAGCUGUGACUCCUGGACUACAAGUCGUCACCUCCUCUGCUAACCUCCACAGUCUGGUACAGGUUCAAGGUCAGGUACUCAGUGUGGAUGAGGAGACAGCCUUCUCAUGGCCAGAGUGUGACACCUGUGGUAACAACAGACUCAUCGAACAAGGAAGCUUACUCCAGUGUCCAACUUGUGAUAAGACUGUCACUGAACCACUGACCAGAAUGAGCCUUGAGGUGUACGUGGACUGUCCAUCUCUGGAAAAGUCUGGUAUUGUCAAAAUUAAGCUGUUACAGGAUAGUAUUCAGCAGCUACUGUCAAACCAACAGGCUGAUGAUGAGGGUUAUGAGUUACAGGCAGUAUUGGGACAGGAGCUGAGGCCUGUGGAUGGGUGCCUGACAUCCAUCAGCAGGGACUCUGCAGCGGAGAGGGUCUUCAUGGUAGAGGAAAUACCACAGCUGCAGGAUGUUACAAUGACCACUGAGUCAUGAAUAUGUUAUGAAUCAGAUGAAUGUGCACUUGGCACAAGGAAAGUUAUGAACUUGUUUCUACAUAAUCAUAUAAGAUACUUUUGGGGUGCUGGUAGCUGCAAAAGUUAUCAUGGUAAACUAAGUCUAGGUGACUUCAUUUACAUGUUAUGUUACUGAAAGUACAUGUAGUAUACAUUGUAUACUUAUUUUAGAUGAAGCAAGAGUUCUAGUAUUACUAGCAGUGAGAAGUACCUCCUUUUUUAAAAAGCAACUAAAACAAAGAAAGCCAUUAAGUGAAUGUUGCUUAGAUUUUUCAUUCAUCUUUUUGCUAUCUUUACUGAUAAUGAUUAUGAAUGGAUUCUUGUUGUCUCACCACUCCUCUAAAUUGGUAAUAGCAAUGUUUAUAGAUGGUGUACUACUUGACACCAGUUUCAACAAUGUUUUCCUUGAAUGGGGACUGGUAUUAAAGUUAACUUCCUCUUACCAUAUACUGAUCUGGUGUUUGUCUGGGAAUGAAAGCUAAGACCCAGAGGAAUGUAACUGCUGGUAUGUUGUGUGAGCUGUGACUAAGAUGAUGCCAUCUGGGAUGUAUACUGAAGAUAGAAUGAGUAAUGCAACGAAUGUCGGGGUGGUUGCAUGAUUUCUGAUAUGCGAUGCAACAAAGAAUGUGACUGUCUAAAUUAG